CGUUUCUCACCGCGUGCGCACGCCGCGGCGCAUAUUCCAAUAUCAAAAGUCGAAAACAACGAAACCCUUCUCGUACUCGGUUGCCGUAGUGUUUGUUUCGAAAUUUUGAAUUUAAAUUUCGAAUCAGUGCAAAUAGUGACAGUUUGUGUGACGUUAUUUCUUUGAAGUUAUUCGCAAUUUAAAGUGGCAUAAUAGAACAAGUGCAUGCUAUUGUUUGCUUUGUUGACUUGCUCCAGCUGUCAAAAUAUAAUAGAGAUUAUCAAGGUUAAUGUUACUGGCGAAAGUUAUCAUCCGUCAUCCAUUAAUCCGAAGAGUUUCCGCGUGCCGGACAGACAGACGGACGGACGGCGCGUGACAUCGUGCGAUCGGAAGAUGGAUGGUGUUUCCUGGUGGCCAUCUGGUCUACCCGGUGGCAACUUAUUACGUGUUUCGAGGAAAAUAUCUAUUGUGAUUCGUGCAGUGUAUCUUUCGUGAGAAAUCAUAACGUUAAGAUAAAACACUGGUGACCUACAAAAAUAAGCGGCUGAGAUUCGAAAAAAAAGAUCGAAUCAUUCUCAAAUAGGAACGAACGAUGACUGGUUGGACAUAGUGAAAAGUGUUCGAAUUAAAAAUAAAUUAAAUUAAAAACAAUAAUGUCAAGGACAGUGGCGCGAAGCUGAAUUUUUAUUGAAAAUGUGCGUGAGUAUUACGUGAAAGUUUUGAAAUGGCGCAUAAAGUGAAGAAUAACCAUUACGUGGCCACACAUAGGUCCGGAGUGGACUCUCCUUCAUCUGGAGCAUAUUUGCAUAGAGCAUCGUCCAGGGACGAGAAUGAUAGCCACAGAGCUCCGUCAGAAAGGACUUUAUCGGAAUAUACGACGAUGGACGAACGAACCCGGUCGCCGUCCGGCGAGCACCACCGGACAAACGGUGACCACCGGACUGUGGAGCGGAAUGGCGACCACAGGCCGGACCACCGGAACGGCAGACGGCACCCCAACGGCUCACCACGGGACGGAUCCGGCUCAGAAGUGUAUGUCACCAGCGCUGCAUACCGACCUCCUUCGGAAAUUAGCCGGCAAUCACGAGCGCCGAGGAGCGUGUACUCGUACAGGAGCGCGGUGGCGCCAUCUGUCGCCUCCACACACAGAUCCAAAGUUUCUAGAAAAGCCGGGGUGAAAGUGGACGCAAUGGCUGCGCCGAACCCAUUCUGCCCGAAUGUGAAGGGCAUGUGUUGCCUUAUGCUGCUCCUCAACCUGGGCCUUAUCCUGGUCACGCUGGGCUUCGUAAUCGUGCUGCAAUUCUUUGAACCGCUGUUUGUGUGGAUAUUAGGCAUAGUCUUCUUGAUAUUCGGCUUCAUCACACUUCUUGGCUCACUCAUCUACUGCGUGGUUCUAUGCAGGGAGAACCCAUACCCUCGAUACCCGGACGACUUUUACUGGACCCACCACUGGUCCAAGACCAUUGGACCCUCCGAGAUACACUACAGCGCCAGCGAAAAGCCAUACCGCCAAAACGGGCACAGUGAUAGGUACAAUAAGUACAAUGGGAAAUAUUCGGACAGGGAAAGCGCGAAAGGAUAUUCUGAUAUAGAAAGCAAGUUGAGUAGGUAUUGAUUGUGCCGUUAACUUUAUUCGGAUUUGUAUUUAGAACGCAACGUUCUUUUUUUUAAGUUGCUGGCGUUUCGGCCAGCACUUUUUCGAGCAUUUUUUAAAUCUAAUGUCAAUAAGAGAAAGGCAUUACGGAAAUAUAUUAAUUUAUAAAAAAGAACAUUAUUUUACUUAUCGAUAUCAUUGUUUACUUUGAAUUAACAAAAAUCUUCAUUCAUAUAUCCGUGUCCAUUUAUAUAUGAAGAUUUGUCAGGAAUAUUACCACGAAUAUAAUAUGUAAGUUUUAUUUAUUCCUGAACAGCUCAGAAAUGUUUAAACUAACGGCUUAUAGCCGGUUUGAUAAAUAAGUGUACUUAUUAUAAACAUAUUAUAUAUGUACGGAAACAGAUUCCGAAAUGCUUUACUAAUUUUUAAAUAAAGUUUUAUAAAAGAAUAAAAUAUUUAUAUAGUAUCUACGAAAUUCAAGUACAGUCGGCCGCGUGUCAAGAUUGCAUGGUCCUUAUAACAAGGUAAUAGGGACGAAUUUGCUAUUAUUUUGGGUAGCUGGUAGAUGAGCUGCUGACUGUACUUACUUUAUUUUACUUUUUACUUGUACCUUACUAAAACUAGUUACUGUACAAGAGACGUAAUUUAGAUUAAGAUUUAUUAACUUUAUUAUUAUGUAAAUAAUCCUUAUGUUUUUAUUCUUAACAUACGUACACGCUCUUUGGAUUGAAUGCCAUAUUAAUAUUAUUACCUAUUUUCGCGAAGAGUGUUUAGUUUUAAAUAUUAUAUUUUGAAAUAUACCAUAAUACACCUGAAAGUAAUAUCAUAGAUAAAUUCCUAAGUUUUAUAAUGGAAUAUAAAACUGAUGGAGCAUUUUUUAUGACAAUAAUAUCGAUUUCAUAUAACUACAAUAAAGGUACUUUUACUGCAGAUAAAUAAUGUCAGAAAACUUAUUUACAAUAAAUAAAAUUAACAUUC